AUGGAUUCUGUUAAUAAGUGCGUCAUCGGGACGAAGAUCUUCGUCAGGGAUAAACAAAAGGUAAAUUUUCUCAACCAUGAGAAAGAGCUCCGAUGCAUGGUCGUGUGGGUCUGCGCCGAAAUCAUAAAGGAAGAAACGGAUCUCGUGGCCAAGACGGAGGAUGACGAGAUCGUUGUGCUGAAGGAGAAGGACGAGUUCUACCUUAGAAAUUUGGACGUAUUCGACUCGAGCGGUCUCUCCGCCCCCGCGGACUUAACGAAUCUGACGCACCUCCACGAAGCAUCCAUACUUCACAGCUUGAAUCUCCGCUUCGAUAUUGACGAAAUAUAUACUCUCACUGGACCGAUUCUGAUCGCGGUGAACCCAUUUAAGAUGAUUCCAGAUCUCUACACAGACAGCAUGCUAGCUAAACAUGUGCAACCGAUUCAGUCCAAAAGCCCACACAUCUUCUCCACCGCCAACAGUGCAUACUUAGGCAUGUGUCAACAUAAUAAACCUCAAACCAUAUUAAUAAGUGGAGAGUCUGGUGCAGGGAAGACAGAAUCGACAAAAUACGUGAUGAAGUUUCUUGCUUGUGCAGGUUCAGACAUUAAAAAGAGAUCCCUCAUUGAGUGCCAGAUAUUAGAGAGUAAUCCUCUGUUGGAGGCAUUUGGGAAUGCAAAGACGCUGAGGAAUGACAACUCGAGUCGCUUUGGGAAAUACAUCGAAUUGCAAUUUUCUGUGGACAGAAAAGGGGCGGGUCAGUACUACACGAAAGGGAAGCUGUGCGGCGCGAAGAUCCGGACCUACCUUCUGGAGAAGGUGCGCGUUUGCUACCAGCAGGAGGGCGAGCGCAACUACCACAUUUUUUACCAGCUCUGUGCAGCAGCAAGGGAGGCAGAGAAGGAAGUGGCAAGGCAAGUGGUGAGUGGACCGCCUAACGAAGCGAUUGACCAACCUCCUAGGAGCGCUUCCAACCCCGAUAACGCCGCUAAUUCUGCUAAUUCCUCUCUGGAGCCGCCCCGCGAGUACCGCUUCCCCGCGACGGAGAAGUACAGGGACCCCCACAUGGGGGCGAAGCCGAUGAGCAUAAACCUGAGUGGCUUCCAGAGCCACGAGCACUUCCGCUACCUGACAAAGUCCAGCGUGCACGAGCUGAGCGACGUCAACGAGCUGGAGCUCUUCGAGACGACAGUAUACGCCAUGGAGACCAUCGGCAUAAGGGAAGCGGAGCAGCACCAGAUUUUCCGUGUACUAGAAGGGAUCCUAUAUCUCGGCAAUGUCCUAUUCAGUAAUGACGAAAGUAAGGAAGAGUGUCGAAUUUUGGACGAUUCUCUAUCCGAUUUGAAAAAAGCUGCAUCUUUUUUAGAUGUAGAUGCAGAAGAAUUGGAAAACGCGCUCUGUUACAGAACCAUUGUAGCGAAUAAUGAAUGCUACAAAAAGCCAGUGAAUGCAAUCGUAGCGAACGAUGUGAGGGAUGCACUAGCCAGAGCCAUUUAUGGAUGUCUAUUUUUAAAGGUCGUCGAAAGAACAAACGAAUCGGUAGGAUUUCUAGAAGACACGAAUCUGCUAUUCUGUGGCGUUCUGGACAUAUUUGGGUUCGAAUCUUUUGCAGUAAAUUCAUUCGAGCAAUUGUGCAUCAACUACACAAAUGAAUGCUUGCAACAGUUUUUCAACAACUUCAUAUUUAAGUGCGAAGAGAAGCUAUACAUUGAUGAGGGAAUCGAGUGGGACCCACUAGACUUCCCCGACAAUGCCGAUUCGGUGAAUCUCCUUGAAUCCAAACCGUAUGGUGUGUUCUGUAUGCUGGACGAGGAAUGUUACGUGCCAUCCGGGAAGGACAAAACGUUCUGCAGUAAAAUUAUUAGCAAGCAUUCUUCCCCCGUUGGUACUCGAACCAACCGAUUUAUGGCUGUGAAGACGGACCCCUCCUCUUUUGUGAUUAUCCACUUUGCUGGAAAGGUUACGUACAAUUCAUCUGGAUUUUUGGAAAAGAAUAAAGACCAGUUGUCGGCCGAUGUACAGAAGGUACUACUCCACAGCCAGAGUGAAUACACGUCUUCCCUUUUUUACAAACAUUUACGAAGAAAUGUGGAGAAAAAACGACUUCAAACCGUUUCCAGUGAAUUUAAGGAACAGCUUCAUCAGCUGAUGGGAAGAAUCAAAGAGACUGAACCUCAUUUUAUAAGAUGCAUUAAACCUAAUUCGAAGAACGUGCCGGACAUUUUCGAUCGUGUCUCUGUGAAUGAGCAGCUCAAGUACGGGGGGGUGUUACAAGCCAUAAAGGUUAGCCGUUCUGGGUACCCGGUAAGACUUACACACACAGACUGCGUUAAGGACUACUCCAUUUUGCUACCCAAGGAAGGGAAGAAGCUGUUUCGUGAUUAUGAGACCAAAUCCUGGGCGCAGAAGGCCACCUUUGUGCUUAAGCAGCUGCAUCAGUGCGACGCCAUACAGAAUUUGAUCAGCUCGCUGGUCGCGGCGAAGCAACGGCACCAGAUGGAGGAGGCCGCAGUCAGGGGGGGGGUGAGCAAGGACAACGCCGCUAACCAAGACAACGCCGCUAACCAAGACAACGCCGCUAACCAAGACAACGCCGCUAACCAGGACGACGCCGCUAAUCACGCCCUCAUCUGGGCGGUGGGAAAAUCUCUGUGCUUCUUCAAGAGCGACGCGUACAACGUACUGUCUACGCUGCGAAGCGACUUCCGAUCCGCGCAGGCAGUAAUCGUACAGAAGAACUACAAAGCGUACCGACAGAGGAAACUCUUCCUGACGAUGAAGAGAAAAGUGGUGCUGCUGCAAAGGUGGACUAGACACAUCCUAUUGAUCAUUCGAAAUGAGCGCACUAAAGUGGAGCGAGCCACCGAACUGAUCUGUCGACACAUAUAUGGAUAUAGCAUUAGAAAAGCUUUCCUGCACAAGAGAAGAUCCGCGGCGAUUAUACAGGCACACAUGAGAGGCUGCUUAGCUAGGAAGCAUUACAAGGAGUAUAGAAUUAACCACUAUGCGAGCCUCAUUAAAGCGACGUGGAAGAUGCACAAGGAGAGGAGACAUUUGGCUGACAUGAAACGAGCAGUCAAAAAAAUCCAACUUAAGUGGAAAGGAAUCCUAGCCAGGAGGCAGCUGAGGAGACUAAAGGAGGAAGCCAAAGAAGUCGGAGCACUUAUUCAGAAAAAUCAAUGCUUAGUAAAGGAAAUAGAAAAAGAGAGAAAAAAAAAGAUGGAAGCUGAGAACAAGCUGCUGAAAGCCUUUGCCAGUGUGGAGAAGCUAACCAAGAGGGUCGACUUACUCGAAAGGAACAACCGGGACAAUGAGAAUGUUAUUAAGGGAUUGAUGGAGAGGCUGGCUCAGGCGAAUGCGCCAUCCAGCAGUGAGGUCCCCAUGGAAUGCACGAGGAUAAGGGUAUCCCCUCUACCCCGCAGGGAGGAAACUGCAGCGGAGGGAUCGGCCGCGUCUCCCGAAAUCGCCGCGUCUCCCGAAAUCGCCGCGUCUCUCGAAAUCACCACGUCUCCCAUGGGCACACUUCCACACACCGACGAAAUAGAGAACCUCCUCAGCAAAAUAAAAAAACUGGAAUGGGAAAACAAGGAAUAUCUGAAGAAAAACAACACGCUGAAUGAACGUUACAAUCAGCUCCUCGGGCUUAUGUCCCAUUUUAAGCAGAAUGAUGUUGGGCUUGAAAGUGGAGAGGCGGCCAAAUUGCUUCAGAGGGGUGUGGAGUGGCGCGCUAUAAAACAGCAGGGUGAGACUUGGACGGAGCAGUCUACAGAGAAGAGAACCCCACAGAGCGGCGAAUUGCACGAUGAGCAACUGAACGCGCGAAGAACAACUCACCGACAGAAUGGAAGAGACGUGGACAUACUGAUGUGCGGCCCGAAGGGGGUGGGAAAGACGAGCCUAUUGGAAGAUCUCUUCGUCCGAAUCGGAGACGAAAUAAACCUCAAUCUGUUACGAAAAAAUAAAAAAAAAAGUGGAGACGACAGCAACUCGUUUGUUUACGACACAUAUGUAGUGACACAUAAAUCCUGUGCAGUAAAAAUAUGCGAUUGGAUGUAUAGUUGUAGCAGGAGUGCAGAAGAAGGUUUGUUCAAUUUGGUAAAAAGUUCUACAUGCAUCGUCGUAGUUUUCGACUCAAGCAACAGUGAUUCCAUUCAUCCAGCGUUACAUCUCCUUCAGGAAGCGGCCCUAACAAAUGUAAAAAGAAGGACCAAACUGUAUUUACUAGAAAACAUAUUUAAUGAGAAAAUAAAUAUGAAAGAGAACACCUGUGAUGUUUCUUACUCCCUGAGGGUGGCAAAAGCAUGCAGUGCUUCUUAUGUGAAGGCAUUGGACAUAUACGACAUAGUGAAUAAUUACGUCUGUGGGGCGGAGUCUUACCUAUGUUCCUUUCCUGGACAGACAUCCCACAUGCGCAGAAAGGAUGAUAUCUUUCCGUGGCACCACUUCGCCAAACAGAUCGGCGAGACGUUCCCUCUAGACGACUACAACGGUGGUGCAUCUGCACAUGCAUAUGCAUAUCAACAUGCACAUAAAAUAGACCAGAGGGAAAAAUCCCUGAUCGAAAAAACACCCCUCCAUGUGAAUCAUCUGAAUUUACCCCCCGAGGAGGAAUACCCUCCAAACUAUUUCACACCGAAGAGAGACCAACACAAGAGUCAGCCAAACAAACAAAACAGUAUGUAUUCCAUGGUUAGCUCAUUUAAAUCCCUUUAUAGUGUCAAUCAGAAAAAGAAUCCACAAAUCCAGUUUCUGAGAGAGUCCAUGCCGUUAAAUAGUUACGUAUAUGGUAGCAGAAAGUAUAAUGCAGAGAUGGGGAAAGGUCUGCAGCCCAUUUAUGAAAUCACACUCAAGGGCAGUGUACCCAUCACUUAUUUACUCAUCGGACGAGACUCCAUAGACAAAAUGCACACGCUGCUCGCCGUGGGGUGCAAGGACGGACUCAUCUACAUUUAUAAGUGUUUGCGAACCCCCCUGGAGAGCGCCCACGGCGGGCACUACUUCUACCAGGGUGGAGGAAGCGGUCUGAGCAGCGGUGUUACCGGUAUUAGUGGUGUUGGCGGCCCGAGCGAUCUUCCCGAUCCCCACUGCGAGGACAACGCGAACAUCACGUCGGCCAAGCUGCUAACCAAACUGUCGGGGCACAAGAAAGCCAUCACGUGCCUCGUCUUCACAUUCACAGAAGAGAAAAUCAUUUCCUCCUCAAUUGACCGCACCAUAAAGAUAUGGGAGGUAACCACUGGUUUCCUACUGAAAGUUUUUUCGGACUCUUCGGCAACUCUAUCCGUUCUGUUGCUCCCUACCAAUCUGGACCUCUUCCUUUGUUCCAACUGCACAUCACUCCUUCGCAUGGUAAACGUAAACACCGGUCAUGUUAAUCAGAAAAUCAAACUGGAAAGUGAAAUUAGGACACUAGAGAUGGAUGACACGGGACUUAAUAUCUUUGCUGGAUCCAAGAAUGGCACUAUAUAUAUCUUACAAAUCGUCCACAAUGAACGUCUAGAAAUUCGAUUCAAGUUACUUUUCUCCCUUUCACCGAUAACAUGUAUCCGAUUUGUUCCCAAACAGCCUCUCCUGGAUUGUCCUCUCAUCAUUGUUAACUCCUGUGACAAUCAUAUGGGAAUAAUCGAAUGUGUUUAUGCGUCCAAGGGAGUGGUCCUCACAAGCCUAUCCGUUAAGCAUCGAAUUCGAAUUAAUCACGCGCUGCUUCCCAUCCGAAACAGCUACUCCACGUUCGGGGGUGGCUGGGUCAUUUCCGGCUCCGAGGAUGGAAACAUAUACAUUUGCUCCCUCUUGCCGCAGUCCAACUACAGACUCGUCUUCUUAAAACAUCACAAGGCACCCGUCAUGGCCGUGGUGGUAAACGACAUCGACACGCUCAUGGUGUCAGGCGACUCUAAGGGAAACGUGGUCUUCUGGAGGCGGGCUUUCGUGUAG